CUAUAAAAACGCCGACCAACCGCACUAAAGGCACACUCGAUCCGAAACCACCAUCAGAUACAAUGAGGAGCUUCGCGAUAGUACUGUUGGCGACUGCCGUGUUGGCAGCCCCCAAGGAGAACCCGAAGAAACAAGAUAAACGAAGUCUGUCGCCCGAUCAUCACGGUUAUGGUAUCUCGAGUUAUAACUACCCGAGUUACAACUACCCGGGUUACACGUCGAGUUUAGGUCUCUCUGGAUAUUCGACCGGACUCGGAUCAGGACUAUCGGGAGUCACCCUAGGUAACAGCCUGACCUCCGCCUACUCAUCUGGAUUAGGAUACGGAUCUGGAUUAGGAUACGGAUCUGGAUUAGGAUACGGAUCUGGAUUAGGAUACGGAUACGGAGGAUACGGAGGAUCAUACGGAGGAUACGGUCUCGGCGAUACCGGUGUCAUCGUCGGCAGCGGCAUUCCCUCGUCUGCGAUCGGUACCGGAUACGGUGCUCUGAAAACGGUACCGAAUCUCGCCAAGACUGAACGCAUCACCGGACUCACCCUUCAUCGCGAGGUCCAAGUGCCCGUCCCGGUACCACAUCCCGUCCCAGUCGAAGUAACGAAGCACGUACCCGUCCCGCAACCCGUGCCCGUCAAGGUAGACCGUCCGUAUCCAGUUCCGGUGCCGCAACCGGUGCCCGUCGAAGUUACCCGUCACGUACCCGUAAAGGUUGACCGACCCUACCCGGUCCCGGUGCCGCAACCCGUCGAGGUCCGCGUGCCACAACCAGUGCCGGUGCCAGUGGCCCAGCCGGUGCCUGUUCCGAUCUCCGUCACCAGACACGUGCCAGUGUCCGUGCCGUCUGUUAACGUCAUACCGUCGACCUUCAACGUCGUGUCGCCGCCCGCAACUGGCCUCAUCUCAUCCGGAUACUCAUCCGGACAUGAAUACGUCGAUCUGGGACCCAGCAACAUUGGACCCAUCUCGACCGCGACUUUCGGUAGCGGACUUGGCUCCGCGAGUCUGGGUAGCGGACUUAGCUCCGCGAGUCUGGGUAGCGGACUUAGCUCCGCGAGUCUGGGUAGCGGACUUAGCUCCGUGCCUUUAGGUAGCGGAUUUAGCUCCGUGCCUCUGAGUAGCGGAGUUAGCUCCGUGUCUCUGAAUAGCGGACUUAGCCCCGUGUCUCUGGGUAGCGGACUUAACUCCGCGAUUGUAGGUAGCGGAAUUAGCUCCGGCUUAGACAGCGGUCUCGUCUCCAGUGGUAGCGUCAUUCCCAGCGGCUUGGGAUCCACCACAGGAUUCGGCACUGUAUUGGCACCGUCUUACAAUAGUCUCGAUAUCGGAUCCGGAGUACCGAUCAAACCAGCUUCGUUGAAAAAUUGGUAAAUUCAAGCCGACAGCAGCUUGAUUCAACAUAUAUUUUUAAGGCGCCUCUCGAAUGCAGUUUACAAAUUGAACGUGCAGAAUAUCGAUUGUGUCAUGUAUGUUGCCAACAACGAAUAAAUUUAUAUUUUUAUACCCUUUA